AAGGUUAUAUUAGCGUAAGUCAGGUCAAAAAACUUUCAGCAAAUUUUCAUUUUCGAAUUCAGAGGGAAAUAGAUUAUAUAUAAACUUAGAAAUGAAAAUAACGUCAUUAUUAACAAUAUGUGUUGUGCUAUUCCUCGCUUUGGACGAUCUUCAAAGAUGUCAUCUAGCUCAAGCUCAAGAAGCCAGUGGGAGCGGUGAAGUAGAUGAAUCGGACAGCGGACUACCAGACCAAGAGUCUGAAAGCGAUCCAGAAGACCAAGAAUCUGGGAGUGGCCCAACUGACCAAGAAUCCGGAAGUGGUCCACCAGAUCAAGAAAGUGGCUCCACAGACGAAGAAUCGGGGAGUGGUCCGCCGGACCAAGAAAGUGGAAGUGGUUCCACAGACCAAGAAUCGGGGAGUGGUCCGCCGGACCAAGAAAGUGGAAGUGGUCCUCCAGACCAAGAAUCUUAUAGUGGCUCCAGAGUCAAAAAAACGCGAAGUGGUCUUCCAGACCAAGAAUCCGGCAGUGGUCCCACAGACCAAGAAUAUGGUAGUGGCCCCACAGACCAAGAAUCCGGUAGUGGCCCCACAGACCAAGAAUCGGGGAGUGGUCCACCAGAUCAGGAAUCUGGGAGUGGAGACCAAGAAGAAGCAAGCAUCCCUCCUGAUCAAGAAUCUGGAAGUGGUCCGGAAGAUCAAGAAUCCGGCCCACCAGACCAAGAAAACGGAUCAAUUUCAGAGGAAUCAGGCAGUGGUUCCGGAGAUGAUGAAAAUUGAAGUUCUAUAUUUGAAAAUAUUCAAAGAUGAUCUUCGAGCGCACAGGCACGCCGUGAUUAGUGCAAUUAUUUACCAUUUCUUCAAAAUUUUAUUUAAUGAAACCUCAACCAUUCCAUGUUCCAUAAGCUAAUGUUAAUAUUUUAGUAGCGUGGAUUCUAUAUGCUUUUUAACAUUAUUUCAACUCUUCAGUGUUCGAUCAAGAUAUCGUCCGAAAACAUGAUGUUAUCGAAGAAGAUAUUUUCAUUUUUUUUUACAAAAAAAAAAAAAAAAAAAGCAUUGUUUGCAAAAAAUAACUUGUUUACGAUAAAUACUAUAUAUAAGAAUAGAACGUAUAUAAUCUGUGGCUAAGUCGUCUGCACGCUAACACCCCGAGCGUGUAAAAUCACGGCGAACGUUUUCAAGUAUUAUUUUAGCAUUUCGCCUUACUUGAACUUGACGUUAAGCAACCGAGAUUGCCAUAAUCCAAAUUAGUUGACCGUGAACUUAUAGUAAGCAAUAUUAUUUUAGGUAACAAUUGUAACCCUUGAAGCUUCAUAUCAUUUUAAUAGAACUUCAAUACAACGAUCUUUUGCUUGAUAUUUGUUUGGUUCAUUUGAUUUUCAAAACGCAAUAUUCAACGAGACUAAAUUAGGGUAAUAUUUAAGGUGGGCGUGAUAAUAGAAAAAUAAGAGUAGCCUAUGAUCAUAAAAGGGUUACGUUCUGCCGUGAUAACAAGAACACGCUGAAAACUAAUUUCGCUUUAAGAUGGCUUGGUAAAUCAGUAAUAUCAAAUCAGGUUUAAUACUUUUACAUUUUUUGUUUCUCAAAUCAAUAUAUUUUUAAUUAAUUUUUCGUUUUAUCGGCUGCAGGGAUCGACAUCAGGAAUUCUUCCUACCGCAUACUGUUGUAUAAUGUCUCUAUAUCGCCAUGUAUAUCAGUUCCAAUACAUUUUGAACUUUGAACAUAAUACCUUCAGGCAC